AUGAACAUAGUCAUUCGUGGAUUGCCACGACCUCUUUACUUAUACCUCGUAUUACUGCUAUAUAUUCAUUGUAUCGUUGCAGACACACUCUACAGCGUCAUCAUCAAUUCCCCUUCUACCGAUGCUGCUGUCGUCAUUGAUGGGCAGGUCUAUGUACUUUCUCCUUCUGGAAAGAGCAGCAUCAUAUUCCAAGCUAAAGCACCAAGUGAAAAGCCCUAUUAUUAUGCUAAAUUAAAGAAAGGAACAAAGGAAAUAGUGGAAAGAGAACGUUUUGUGAGAUACCCCACGGCAAGAGCAUGGACGUUUAAUGAAUUUUACAAUCGUAAUUGGAACGCUAAAAAAGUUUUGAAUUUUGAGACUGUAGAUGGAAUUGCGAAAAGCCAUAAUAGGCGUGAUGAUAGAGAUCUUCAUAUCUCUGGCCAGAUACCUACUAUACAUGUCCAAGCUGAUCCAGUCAGUUUAAUCUCCAUGCAUAAGCAAUACCUUGAUGAUGUUACGGUUACUGUAAAUGUUACACACAUCAGUGCUACUAAGGUGAAACACUUUAUGAACGUUGAAUUUGGAAUCAGUGGAAGAACAUCAAGAUACUUUAAUAAGCUUCCCUACAAGAUCAAGAUUCCCAAAGAUGACUACAAUUUAAGCGGCUAUAGACACUUGAAAUUACGUUCUGUAGCCAAUGAUCCUAGUUACAUGCGAGAAUACAUCACAGCUAAUAUGCUGCAUGCAGUCAACCAACCUACAACAAGAGCAUCUUACGUUAGACUUUUUAUGAAUGAACAGCCUAUUGGCCUGUAUCUUCUUGUCGAAAAGUACGACUCAACCUGGCUCGCAAACGAGUUUGACUCUAAAAGAAACGGACAAUACAAGAAUGGUAUCACUUAUGAAGGACAUGGUGGUAGAACAGAACGUAACAGAGCAGACUUUUCUUUCAAGGGAGAUGAUCCCAGAAUUUUUGAGGAGAGCUCUUUUGAAAUUGCAGAGGGCCCUAAAGAAGGCAACAACGAUUUUGGAGAGUUGGUUGAAUUUACAAGAUUUGUACGAGACCAGCAAUAUUUACAGAGAUCCACGAAUGCUGUGGCAAAAGCUAGAGCAAGAUAUGAAUGGGAAAAGCGCCUUGACGUAGAAGGAUUCUUGACAAACAUGGCUAUGGAGUUUUUACUUGGAUUUGCUGAUGGAUAUACUGAAAAUACAAACAACUUUUAUCUGUACAAAGACCCUGAGCGAGGAAAGUUCGUGUAUAUUCCUUGGGAUUACGAUUACACCUUGGGAAAUGGUCCUUUUGAUAUGGAUGCUAUAUUAGUGGGAGAUUACAUGAAGUUUGGUAGAAUGACAUCGUUACCUUUAACAUCUGCUAUUCUACAAGUGCCAGAAUAUCGUCAAUUGUUAGAACACCAUAUUGACCUUAUCGCAAGAAAUCUUUUAAACACAACAACGCUGUUCCCAAUCAUUGAUUCCCUCGCUGCAUUUAUUUAUGACGAUGUUCUCUGGGAUCAAAAGCUUCCUCGUAUAGGAAAAGGACCAAGUUACAUCACUGGAGGCCUUCAUGCUUUCUUGGAAGGCAAAAUUGAUCAAGACGCCAGUCUUCCUUUCUGCACAAGUUUCUCUGUCGCUGCUGAUUUCCUUAUACGUGUCAACCAUCAUGUGGACUUUAGAAUAGCUGUAGAGGGUCGUACAGGAUACAAGUCCCUACUUGGUGUAAAAGAAUGGUUCAAGAGAAAGUUAACCAACUACUACAACAGAGUGGAUUAUAUACCUGGAGUCUUGAGGCAAUUGAUUCACGUAUAA